UUCAACAUAUUUCUAAAUUGUAUUUAAGGGAUUGAAGAUUCUAUGUACUUGUAAUUUUCACUUUAAAAAACAAAAUUAUUUCUACAUAAAUUUUUUUUCAUUUUCUAAUAUUCUUUGCUUGCUAUUGAAUCACAUACCACCAAAACAAGCCCCAAAAGCCGAAGAUCCUCAAGGAAAAGUGUUAAAAGCAAAAAGCCAAACUCUAACAAAGUCGCACCUCAUUCAGUGAUUGAAACCCCUUCAAAAUGCCUUGACACCUCUUCAAAAAAUUCCACCACCUGCUCGACGAAACUCCAAGGUCGAAAUCCCCAAUGGAGCCGAGCAUCUUAGGAUCAUUCGGCCAAGAAAUAAUCGGCGUAAUGUCCCCUGUCUCUCUUUGCAUGCUCUUAGUAGUCCUUCUCGUUUACUCCCUUUCACCUUCCAAUCCCUUUUCUUCUUCCUCUCCCGCUCCCGUCCGUACAGUUGCCAAUCUCGUUUACACCGAAAACCCAUCUGAUACCGCUGCUCAUAAGCUAGAGGGAGCUUUGCUCAAUGCCUUGGUCUUCGUUAUCCUCAUGGCUAUCGUUACGUUUGUUCUUGUGCUGCUUUAUUAUUAUAACUUCACUAAUUUUUUGAAGAAUUACAUGCGAUUCUCGGCUUUUUUUGUACUCGGUACGAUGGGCGGUUCGAUCUUUUUGUCAAUAAUUAAGCAUUUCUCAAUACCAAUUGACUCAAUUACGUGUUUCCUACUGCUUUUCAAUUUUACCGUUGUUGGGGUGUUAACCAUGUUUUCUGGUGGGAUGCCGAUUGUUUUGAGGCAAGGGUAUAUGGUAUCGCUGGGGAUAAUUGUAGCUGUGUGGCUUACGAAAUUGCCGGAGUGGACUACAUGGGUUUUGCUGGUUGCAUUGGCUUUGUAUGAUUUGGUGGCAGUUUUGGCUCCUUGGGGCCCCCUUAAGUUGUUGGUGGAGUUGGCCUCAAGACGAGAUGAGGAAUUGCCAGCUUUGGUUUAUGAAGCUCGACCAACAGUUUCUCGCAAUGAGGGAAAUCAGCGGUCAAGUUUGGCGCCUUUUGUUGGUGGAGUUUCAGAUUCUGGGUCAGUCGAGUUGCAGGCAGUGCCAAAUAAUAAUGGCCCUAGAGAUGGAAGUGAAAAUCGUAGGAGUUCUGAGUAUACUGCUAUCCAGGUUAGAAAUUUAGAGAAUGUGGAAGGUGAAAGAGAUAGGGAUGAAGGUGAGAGAUCCCCUUUGGUUGGUCAUUCAAGAGAAAGGUAUUCAUCAGAUGGUAACUCAUCGGAAUAUUCUACUGUUGUUCGCAAUAGAGAAUCAGAGAUUGUUGUGGAUGAGGAAAUGCCUCCUCUUGUUGACUUGUUGGGGAUGGACAAUGAGAGAGAGCAGGUAAGGAGGGUCGGUAUAGGGGAUUCAGUGAUAGCAAGUAGAGGCAUUAAGCUUGGUCUCGGAGACUUUGUGUUUUAUAGUGUUCUGGUAGGCAGGGCAGCCAUGUAUGAUCUAAUGACUGUAUAUGCAUGUUAUCUUGCCAUUAUCUCAGGACUGGGGUGCACUCUUAUUUUGUUAUCUGUGUGCCGCCAAGCACUGCCUGCUCUCCCAAUAUCCAUUACAUUGGGUGUCGUUUUUUACUUCUUGACUCGAUUGUUAAUGGAACCUUUUGUUGUUGGAACAGCGACAAAUUUAAUGAUGUUUUAACCAUUAUGAUUUCUGUUCUAUGCCAAGGGGAGAAAGAGAAAGGGGGUUCAAUAUUGUUUGUUUCGAACAAUACCGAUGAUUUUGUAGGAAAGGGUUUCUUUUUUUUAUUACCAAGCGGAAAUUGAUGCUGUAUGCACUCUCAUUCAUUGUUCUCUUGUAAAUUUCUCCUGAUUCAAGUUCGAAUUCAUAUGACAAGGGUUUUACCCAUAAUAUAUGCAUUUUUGACAAAACAUCUAACCUUGUUCCUUGGCUCUUAUCUUAUAUGCUUUUGGUGUGACUGAUAACUUUUUUUUAAUCAAAAGCUUAGUAUCUGAAAGAGAAAUGAAUGAAUUAAUUGCAACAACAUGGUGUGUGUAUAUAUAACAAAAGGGUUUUAGAAAGAAAGACAGUUUUGCAGAGUGGUUGAAACGAAGAGUCUUAAAGGGGACAGAGAAAAGAUGAUAAAACAACAUACGGCCACCUAGAAAUCAGCAGGAAUAAUUUUUAAUUUCAUGUAAGUUCUGCUUCACAAGCUGUUUAAACAUCAUUGUUGUUACAAAACUUGGUUGCAUGUCAGUUGCUGCAGUUUUCUCUUGUUUAUUGCAUAUAUCCAUUUCCACGUUCUUGGGUUAAAAUGGCCUCCUAUAAAUAAUCUGCUGAGACUGUGGCUCUUAUUGUUUAGUUGUUUGUAAUGAUAUGACUUUUAUUACCAGUUGUAUUUUCCUGUUUUUACCUUUUAGCAUUAUCAUUUCAGUAAUCCAGUCAUCAUUUUUGUGCUAAUCCAUGUAUUCCAUG